AUGAGUGAAGUGAGAGAGUUUUUAUGUUACCCACAAAUAAAAGUGAGUCCAGAUCAGGUGACAGAAGGAGAUCACAUGACCAUAACAUGUGACACAAAGCUCAGCCCACACAGAGAGACUACAGAGCUACAGUUUGUUUUCUACAGAAAUGGGCACAAUGUGCAGGGAUUCAGUUUAUCCAACCAAUAUGGAGUCCCCUCAGCUCAGCUGGAGGAUUCUGGGAAUUAUACCUGUGAGGUACAAACUCCAACUGGCAGUGUGAGGAAGAGGAGCAAUGCGGCACAUAUCCAGAUACAGGAGCUUUUUACUGCUACAGAAAUUAAAGUGACCCCAGAUCAGGUGACAGAAGGAGAUCACAUGAACAUAACAUGUGACACAAAGCUCAGCCCACACAGAGAGACUACAAAGCUACAGUUUGUUUUCUACAGAAAUGGGCACAAUGUGCAGGGAUUCAGUUUAUCCAACCAAUAUGGAGUCCCCUCAGCUCAGCUGGAGGAUUCUGGGAAUUAUACCUGUGAGGUACAAACUCCAACCGGCAGUGUGAGGAAGAGGAGCAAUGUGUCAUAUAUCCAGAUACAGGAGCUCUUCUAUUACCCACAAAUAAAAGUGAGUCCAGAUCAGGUAACAGAAGGAGACCACAUGACCAUAACAUGUGACACAAAGCUCAGCCCACACAGAGAGACUACAGAGCUACAGUUUGUUUUCUACAGAAAUGGGCACAAUGUGCAGGGAUUCAGUUUAUCCAACCAAUAUGGAGUCCCCUCAGCUCAGCUAGAGGAUUCUGGGAAUUAUUCCUGUGCAGCACAAACUCCAACCAGCAGUGUGAGGAAGAGGAGCAGCAUGACGCAUAUCUGGAUACAGGAGCUAAUCUCUUACUCACAAAUAAAAGUGAGUCCAGAUCAGGUGACAGAAGGAGAUCACAUGACCAUAACAUGUGACACAAAGCUCAGCCCACACAGAGAGACUACAGAGCUACAGUUUGUUUUCUACAGAAAUGGGCACAAUGUGCAGGGAUUCAGUUUAUCCAACCAAUAUGGAGUCCCCUCAGCUCAGCUGGAGGAUUCUGGGAAUUAUACCUGUGAGGUACAAACUCCAACCGGCAGUGUGAGGAAGAGGAGCAGAGAGGCACAUAUUGAAAUACAGGGUGGAUAUCUGUCUUACCUGGUGCCAUCUCUCACUGGGAUACUGGCAGUGUCUCUUUUAAUUACUGUAAUCAUUGCCUUCAAGUUCCGACACAAACCCAAAACAGAUGAGAACUCUCCAAAAGCCUCUGUAAGAACAGGGAUUGAGGAAGAGAUCCACAGCCCAGCAAUGUUGUAUGAAGAUAUAGCAGACUUGGCUAAUAUCGGCUCCCAUAUGGAAGAAGAUAUCUGUUAUGCCUCCAUUUAUUUCAGUCAUACCCAAAAAGAUUCCUCUUUGCCAAUGAAUAAAACUGAUAAACACUCUGUUACAUACGCUACAGUCAAGUGGGGCAACAGCAAAAGAGAAAAACUAAAAACCCCCAACCAAGAGAUCUCCAACACCUCCUGCAUCUAUGGGGACAUCAGCUCCAAGUAAAGUCAAGAAAAGCUUAUGUGCUGAUAUAAAGAACGGAAUUCCUUGACUGGCCAACACAUUUAACGUCUUUCUAAAACCAAAUAAACACAGGAAUAGUAAUUAUAAGUAUAAAAAGGGGAAAUAGUUUUAUAAUAUUCACAAAUACACGGAAACGUAAAAGACAAUAAAAAUAAAUGAAUAAACCUGUCGAUUUUUUACCAUUAAUAUAAACGAGAAUGUCACUGUCAUAUAAAUGAGGGAGCGAUACAGUAUUUGGGAAAAUGUGUUUCAACAUUAAGGGGCAGAUUUAUCAAGGGUCGAAGUGAAAUCGAGGGAAUUUUCUAAGGUAAAAAAUUUGAAAUU